AUGUGUUGGUUUCUUGUAGUUCUGUUUCUCAGUCUCACUUAUGGUACUGUUUCAGAGGCUAAGGCUCAUUCUGCUGUUGUAGUUGGCACUGUCUACUGUGACACAUGUUCUCAACAUGAUGUCAACCCCAAAACCCACUUCAUUUCAGGUGCCAAAGUUGGUGUGGAAUGCAGAGUUAGGCAUUCAGUGUUCAAGGAAGAAGUGGAGACAGAUAAACAUGGUGAAUUCAAGGUGAAGCUACCAUUCAAAGUGUGGAAGCAUGCACACAGAAUCAAGGGAUGCACUGUGAAACUCAUCUGUAGCAGUGAGAAACAUUGUGAUGUGCCCUCAGUUUCCACCUCUUCUUCAGUGAGACUCAUUACAAGAAAGCAAGAAGAACUCAUUUUCUCAGCUGGCUUGUUCUCAUUCAAACCUGCUAAAAAACCAAGAUUUUGCAACCAUAAGCAAAGUGUUUCAAACCCAUCAGAUAAAAAUGCAGCAGUAGAUACCUUUUUCCCUCCAUUACCAUUUCCUCCCCUACCUCCCUUUCCCCUCCUACCUCCAUUUCCUCCACUACCUCCCUUUCCCCUCCUACCUCCAUUUCCUCUUUUACCUCCAUUUCCUCUCUUACCUCCAUUUCCCUUACUACCUCCCAACCCAUUCCUACCUCCGAACCCACUCCUACCACCCAACCCAUUCCUACCUCCAACUCCAGGGCUAACACCUCCUAGUCCACUUCUACCACCCCAAACUCCAACCCCAGCUCCAGUUCUACCUCCCCAGACUCCAAAUCCAGUGCCACCUCCUAUUCCAUUGCCACAGCAAUAA